AUGGAAUUCGAAGUAGGGCCGUCGGACUCAGGCGGCCUGCCGGCGCUCGCUGCCGGCCUCGCGAGGCGCCUCGCCGAGGAGAACGCGGACAACAACCUGGUGUUCUCGCCGCUGUCCAUCUGCGCCGCGGUCGCGCUCCUGGCCGCGGGCGCCCGGGGCGCCACCCUGGACGAGAUCCUCGGCGUCCUCGGCGCGCCGUCUCGCGACGCGCUCGAGGAGUUCGUCUCCCUCGUGGCGGAGCAAGCGCUCAGGGACCAGUCUGGCUCCGGCGGGCCGCGCAUCGCGUUCGCGUGCGGUGUGUGGAGCGACCUCACGUGCGCGCUCAAGCCAUCCUACCGCCACGCUGUCGUGUGCAGCACGUACAAGGCCGAGGCCAGCACCGUCGACUUCCAGAACGACCCGGAGGGAGCACGCGGCCAGAUCAACGAGUGGGCCGCGCGGGCGACGCAGAACCUGAUCGGCGGCGUCCUCGGCCCGGAAUCGAUAACGCCGCUCACCCGCGUCGUGCUCGGCAACGCCAUAUACUUCAAGGGGAAAUUAAAGUGGCAAGAGCCCUUCUGCAAGAGGGAUACCGAGAGCAAGCUUUUCCACCGGCUGGACGGCCGCGCCGUCGACGUGCCCUUCAUGCAGAGUUGGGAGCCCCAGUUCAUCGCAGUGCACGAAGGGUUCAAGGUGCUCACACUCCGGUACCAGCACCUGCCGGAGGAGAAGAUCGAUGUUAGGGAGUUCCGGGUGCCCAAGUUCAAGCUCUCCUUCCAUGGCAGCGUCGUCGCCAUCCUCAAGAAGUUGGGGCUUCAGUCGGCGUUCAGUGAUCAAGCCGAUUUGUCUGACAUGGUGGAGGACGAUGAAUCUGGUUUGCCAUUGGUCUUGAACGACGUAAUCCACAAGGCGGUCAUCGAGGUAAACGAGGAAGGCACCGUAGCCGCGGCAGUGUCCAUAGAUGAGAUGUUAUUCGGUGGUUGUAAUUUCAUGCGGCCGCCACCUCCUCGAGUAGAUUUUGUAGCCGACCAUCCGUUUGCGUACUUAAUAAUGGAGGAGACAACCGGCGCAGUUGUCUUUGCAGGGCAUGUCCUUGACCCCUCCAUCGAGAGCUAG